GUUUCAGUGUAGGGUUCACGCAGGGGGAGUAAUCCAGAAGGAAAAAUGGGUAUCGAUAUAAAUCAUAAAUAUGACCGUAAAGUUCGGCGUAAAGCGCCAAAAAGUGAAGAUCCAUAUCUUCGAGUCCUAGUUAAGUUAUAUAAAUAUCUGACUCGGCGAACUGGUGCAAAAUUCGAUGCUAUUAUUACCAGAAGGUUAAUGAUGGCACGCCGCCAUCGUCCACCUAUGUCACUUGCUCGUUUGAUACGUUACAUGAAAAGAGGUGAUAACAUAAAGAAGAUAGCUGUGAUAGUCGGAACUAUCACGGAUGAUAAUCGGAUUUUCGAAGUACCCAAGCUUACGGUUGCUGCUUUACAUGUAACUAAAGGAGCACGUGCCCGAAUAAUUAAAGCAGGUGGUGAAAUAAUCACAUUCGAUCAACUUGCUCUGCGCGCACCGCGAGGAGAAAAUACUUUCCUUUUGCAAGGACCACGAAAACACCGCUUGGCUGAAAGACAUUUCGGUCCAGCACCAGGUGUACCGCACAGUCACACCAAACCACUUGUUCGUUCUAAGGGACGCAAAUUUGAACGCGUAAGUUCCUUUCAGGCUGCGACUGUCUGUCUGAAGGUUAUUGGUAUAUACAAAGAACUGGCAGGCAACUGCCGACGUGAACAGUUUAGGAAUUCAGGGUUUUGCGUAUUCUUUGCGGGAGAUGUUUUUCUUUAGUACUUUGAUCGUGUUUUGCUACAAGUAAUAUGUUUCAGGCUCGUGGACGUAGAAAGUCUCGUGGAUACAGAAACUAAAAGCGUUGUCCCAAUCCCUAUAAGCGUUGUUCCUAAUUUCUGUCAGCUUGUUUCUAAAUGGAUAUUGUUAUAUUACUUCAUAAAGUAUAAAGUCGUAAUUGUGGGCGUUAUUACUGGUAACACUGAUUCCCCGCAUCUAGCCUGGUUAGUUGGUCGCAGCUGAAAACAUUUUUCUACUGCCGGAAUAGUUGUUGCAAAAGGCUGUAAUUGAUCCGAGUGGUUUUUUUUUCUUUUUCUUUUUUUUUACUGAAACAUGUGACAUCAGGGAAGAGUGUGUAGUGGUCAAAUUGAUUGGAAGUGACCAGAUAAAGAAAUGAUUACUAAAAAUGGCAGGUUGACACUGAUGUCGUGUUUACUCAUGUUUUCGAGUUCGAUUUCCACUGGAUUCAUUGACACUUGAGCGAUAACUGAACUGUGAUGAAGUCAGAGUUGUACCUGGUGUAUAGAAUGAUAACUCGUCGUGUAUUUCUUUGAAAUGUUUGGAUAUUUAUGUGACAAAAAAGGAACAGUAAAUGAAUUGGAGUGUUCCAUGAUUCAUAUAGCAUACGAUUUUAUAAAGUUUGAGGGUUCAAUAAAAUCCCAAGUGUUUCGUUC